GUGUACCACUUUUGGGUCUAUAAAAUAACAAUGAUGAAAGUUUGAAAACAAGAAAACUCUACUUCAAUUGUCUCUCUCUCACACAGUCAUACUUGUUCAUGCCAUGGCCACCGUCACAUUAGCAAUGUCUUCCUUCAUCAUUUUAAUACUUUUUCACACUCUUUCGUCAUCCAUGGCCACCGUACAACUCGAAUCCUUACCAAGUUACCUCCUCAGUGCCGCCGAUGCUUCCGAUGGAGUGGCUCCUAUUACUGAUGAAACUUUUGGUUCCAUCGUCCCUAUGUCUAAGAAUCUCGUGUUGGUGGAAUUCUAUGCUCCAUGGUGUGGCCAAGAAUGCAUAAACAUACAUUCCAUAAUGGUUGAGCUGGCAAAUGAUUAUGCUGGUAAGGUCGAUUUUUACAAACUCAAUAUUGAUGAGAAUCCAUAUAUUACUAAUAGAUAUGGGAUUCAAAAUCUUCCAACUGUGGUUUUCAUCAAGUAUGGUAUGCAGAGAGAUAGACUUGUUGGAUAUGUACCGAAAGCAACAUUUAUCGAACUUAUUCAACUAUCAAUAUGAGAUGGCAAACAAACAAGGCUUCAGCUUGUAUAAAUGCUAUUUAUACAUCUCAUUAAACCAAUAUUAUGGUUUUUAAAUAAUUACAGUGACCUACUAAGCAUGAGUACUUGGAAAAAAAGAAUAAGUCUUUGUAUCAGAUAUGUAUUCGGUACUUGUCGAAACUUUGUUUUUCUUUAUUUUUCUUUGCGAGUGAAAUUAUGACUUUAUGAUAUAUAAACAUAACAGUGUAAUGUUAUUUGUGUAUUUGAGUUUAUUUGUUGGUGUAA